CACUGGUGGUAGGAAUGGCGGCUAUGAUCACUAGAGGAAGGAACCCAAAGACCCUGAAACUUUACGUCUAACGGCCCCGCAAAGGAAUUUGUCCCUAACGAAAAGCAGAAACGCCGUCCCGUAGCGGUUUAAAGGGAGAGGAAGUGCUAUAACGCGAGAUUAACGCGGUAGUUGUCCCAACUGAGCGACUCGCCAGUUAGCAUAACGUUAGUGCCACUGACUUUGAAUCAAGGUAGCUGUUAGCUCGCUGCUCUACUAGCCAGCUGUUGGCUGCUUGGCUUGGCUGGCCCAACAAGUUAACUAAGUGAUUAACUGUAUGAAGGCGUUCAGUAAUUGAAUCGUGAAGUGGGAAUCGGCUCUCUUUGUCUGCAGGCACUAUUAGGGACUUUUGCAGAGAGCGGGAUCAGACGACAACAAGUCGACUCAGCGCGUUGUGAACAUUAUUAUUCCAGCUAACCUCUGCGCUAGCUAGUGCACUAACGCUAGCUAAGUUGGGAUCCUGAAGUCUCGCCCAUUUUUUGGAUCCUGCCCCAGCCAUUGGCUAAGGGCUAAUCAACAGCCAACUAGUCUGGUUUUCAGGUCCGAUUGGUACUACGAUGGAAAGUCUAACGUUGACUGAUGUCGAACAGAAAUAUUACUCGGAUUUGUUCGUUUACUGCGACACGGACAACACGAAAAAAGUGGCUUCCAAUGGGAGAGUUCUUGACCUUUUCCGGGCGGCCCAGCUACCCAGCGAAGUUGUCCUGCAGAUCACAGAACUAUGUGGAGCCACUCGUCUGGGUCACUUCGGGAGGAGCCAGUUCUACAUCGCUCUCAAGCUCAUAGCCAUCGCCCAGUCCGGGCUUCCCCUGAGGGUGGAAAGCCUCAACUCGGUCAAGGACCUGCCGCUGCCCAGGUUUGUGGUGGGGAAGAACGAGGCAGAGGCGAGGCACGCAGCGCUCUACCAGGACACAGACAGCCAGGGUUUGUACCCAGCCUCUGCUACUGCAGUAAUACCCAGACCACCAGGAAGGGGACACCAGAACAAGAAAGGUCCCCCAUCCUCAGCUUCACUUCCUGUCCAUGAGGUCGUCCAGCCCCUGGCACCCAGUAUAGAACCACAGCCCGAACCGACGUCCCCGGUGGUCUCCCCUCAUCAGUCUCCCCCCUCCUCCCCGCCCUCCUGGAGGAAACACAAGAGGCAGCACAGUGGAGGAAACGCAGACAGACAGCCGGUGGUGGCUGCAACUGGAGCCGUGUGGACGCAGUUCAGAGAACCACAAACAGGUCAAGUGUCCGGUGAUGGCAUGUGGUUGUCCCACUCGCCUCCUCCUCCAGGUCAGGAAAGUUGGGUCAGUUUCACAGCAGACACCCCGCCAUCCAGCACGCUCCCCGCAAUGCAUCCCUCGUCAGUCCAGGAAAGCACAACGAUACGAACAGUGGCCUCAGCAGCGACGACUAACGAGAUCCAACGACAGUCCAGUGGCUACGACGAUCCGUGGAAGAUCACGGACGAGCAGAGACAGUAUUAUAUUAACCAAUUCAAAACUAUCCAGCCAGACCUCACCGGCUUCAUACCUGGUUCAGCAGCAAAAGAGUUCUUCACCAAAUCAAAACUACCGAUUUUAGAGCUGUCGCAUAUUUGGGAGCUGUCAGACUUCGAUAAAGACGGAGCGCUGACCCUGGAUGAGUUCUGCGCUGCAUUCCACCUGGUUGUGGCCAGGAAGAAUGGCUAUGACCUCCCUGAGAAGCUGCCUGAGAGCCUGAUGCCAAAGCUGAUUGACCUGGAUGACUCAGCAGAGGUCCCGGAAUCAAACGCUGACGUCGGAUACUCGGGCUCCCCGGUGGAGGUCACCCCCAACAAGUCUCCCUCCAUGCCUUCACUCAACCAGGCCUGGCCAGAGAUGAACCAGAGCAAUGAGCAGUGGGAGACGUUUAGCGAGCGCUCCUCCAGCUCACAAACUCUGACCCAAUUUGACUCUAACAUUGCACCAGCUGACCCUGACACAGCCAUCGUUCAUCCGGUUCCCAUCCGGAUGACACCCAGUAAGAUCCACAUGCAGGAGAUGGAGCUGAAGAGGACCGGCAGCGACCACAACCACCCCACCAGUCCUCUGCUGACCAAGCCUCCAGAGCUGUCGGAAGAAGCCAAACUACCUGCCUCCAUGAAGUUUGUAGCUGCCAACACUGUAGGUGAUGGUUAUAGCAGUUCAGACUCCUUCACAUCAGACCAGGAGCCAAUCACAAGACAAAGGUCUCAGUCGGGUACGUCUCCAGAGGCUCUGAAGGUGGUAGCCCCUCCUCCCCCUCCACCCCGCCCUCACCCGUCUCACUCUCGCUCCUCGUCUCUGGACAUGAACCGCACCUUCGCUGCCGCCUCAGCCACAGGACAACCACAACCCUCUACGAUAGCUUACCCGCCUGCCGUGCCUCCUCGACCGCUACCGACACAGACAUCAGUACCACACACCGGGCAUCGUGUGGAGGCAGAGGCUGUACCAGGAGGCGGGGCAGUGCUCACCACCACCUCCCCCCAGCAGAUUCCUCAGCAGCCCAAUUUCGCAGACUUCAGUCAGUUUCAGGCCUUCGCCGCCUCUGAACAGCCUUCCAGCCUGCCGGAGGUCGACAAGCACAGUGAGGCGGGACAGGUGGAUAAGGCACCAGAGGGAGCUGGCCCUUUGAGAACAGUGAAGAGUGAUGGCCAAGCAGAUGAGAGAGCCUCAACUACUGUCAACUCUGCCAAAGGUUCUUCUGGGCCGCUAGCUCCUCCUCCUAAACCUGUACGUCGGAGGUUGAAAUCUGAAGAUGAGCUGCGACCGGAGGACGAGCAGCACGGUCCACAAAAAUCAAACGUCAUAGCUGCUGUCCUGGCCACUCAGCCCUCCAUCCCCAGGUCAGUAGGAAAGGACAAAAAGGCGAUUCAAGCUUCAAUCAGAAGAAACAAGGAGACUAACACAGUGUUGGCAAGACUUAACAGUGAACUGCAGCAACAGCUGAAGGACCUGCUCGAAGAGAGGAUAUCUCUGGAAGUCCAGCUGGAGCAGCUCAGACCCUUCUCUCAUCUUUAACCAACGUGCGGAGGGAAAACUCGACUGUAGUUCAUCCGAAGCAAGGCUGUGGGCCUCGGUGUGACUCCCCCCCCCCUCCAUCCCUCCUUCGCUCCCUCCUACCUCCCUUCCCUCCUCCCAUCAUCCAGGCUUUUCCCUUGAGGCUCGGACCUGCCGCAGGGUGCUCCGUUAAAACUCUCAUGCUCAAUCACCCAAUUAUCAAUCAUAAACCCGGAAGGACCUGAGAGCACAGUCUUAACCAGGUGGGAGGCGGAGGUGACAGGAGCGUGGGGGGGAUUUUACAAACCGGCACUUUUCGAAUUUUCUCUGAAGAGAGGCGAAGGUGAGGACGACAGUGAACUGAGAAACGGUUAGGAGAAGCAGACAAGACGCUGCGAACGCUGGUGUCUGAUUACUUUCCUCUCUGAAUGACUGAAGAAGAAAGGGGGAGUGUGUGAGUCACGUGUUUGUGUGACUGUUUUGUGUAUUUGUGUUCCUGUUUAGUGACUAACUUGAGGCUAGCAUCAGUUCAUGUUUGUUCUCUCUUGGGGUAGAGACUCUGCCACACCAAAUUAAAAAUCGGGCAAAUUUAAAGAGACAACUUGGAAGUAUGCUUCAAUGCUGCCUUUCUAUAAGUGAGAGAAGACGAUCUAAAUGAGCCUUUUAAGUGAUAAGGGCAGAGAUAAUAUCUGCACUUAGCCUAGCUUAGCAUAAAGACUGGAAACAGGGUGAAAUAGCUAGCCUGCCUGUCUCCAAAGCUCAAAAAAAAAUGCACCGACCAGCACCUCUAAAAUUCACUAAUUAACACAUUGUUUCUGAUUUGUUUAAUCCACACAAAAGCAGAAAUGUAAAAAGGAUAAUUUGUGGUUUUAGGGGUCUUACAUGCUAAAGCUAUUUCAUCUAACUCAGAAAGAAAGUGAAUAAAUGUAUUUCCAAAAUGUUGAACUCUUUCUUUGUCUUCUUGCUUAUUGGCAUGACAUCUUUCCGACUACCAUGAACGCGUAUAUAAAACUGGACAACAGUCGUGGGAGAUCUCUGCUUUAAAUAUAGUCUCUUACUAAACAUUUGCCUGAAUGUCACUGGCUCUCCACCAUUUUCAAAAGUAAAAUUAUUAUAUUCUCCUAUUAGAGGCUUUGAAAACCGUAAAAAGUCUGUCAGGAACUUACGUCUGCCAGUAAGCAAGGAAUGCAAAAUUGACUUUUUUUUUGGACUGGAAUUUGGUGUGCUUGGUCUCCCCAUUAAAACAUUUUAGGCUACCUCCGGACAGGACUCUUAUAUGUUUGUGUGUGUGUGUGUGUGUGUUUGUGCUUGUGCUUGUGACGCCUUUAAUGGCGUCAUCAUCAUGGUGAAGGCUUUUUUGAUUCAUCCUGUGACAUGAUAUCAGCCCACAUCCAUCUUCUACUGCCCCUUGAAGUCUACGUGUGUGUGUGUGUGUGUGUUUUUGUGUGUGUGUGUGUGUGAUGGUGUGACAUGAUGAAUGAAUGCUUUGUCUUGUUUUUUUUCUUCUUCUCUGUUACACAGUGUUUGGGGAUUGAUGUGACUGAAUGGUUUAACUUUAAUGCCAAAUGACUGAACUCUCACUCUGCUCUCUCACCUCUAUGUGAGCGGUGUUUUUAAAGGAGAAAAAAAAAAGCAACUUCAUUUCCCUUCCUACAGGUUUUUUUUUUUUUGUUUUGUUUCUUAAACAUAGCUGUGGCUCAACAUUUCAUCUUUCCUUUUAAACCUCUUAUUCUUGAUUCCUGCGGUUAUUUUUCAGUCUCACCUGGAUGGGAAAGCAUUUAGUCAAAACAAGACAUUCACUUGAAGGGUUUGGAGAUUUUUCAGCUGCUUGACUGCAGGAGGCGGCGUUCAUGAAGAAGUGUGUUGCUGAUCAAGAAGAAGUUUUCCUGUGAUUUUCCCGCUCAGCAAACACGUGCACAGAUGAUAACCGAUGGUGCAAAUAAGAGUUGAUACUGAUUUGAAAAUUCAACUGUUUUCCACCCGGGCAGUCGGCACUAUGCAAAGUACGGGCGAUACAUCUCCACAGACCAACUAUACUUAGCUGUUUGUACUAUGAUAGUAGCAACUGUGUGAACAGUAAUGAUCUGGUUUUUGUAUCGUAGAUCUUCCAGAAAAAACAUCUACUGUAUGUUUGUGAUUCAUUUUGCCUUUUUCUUUUUUUUUCCGUACUGACAAGCAGUCCACUUCCCCCGCUCCCAGCUCCAGAGGGAAGUAAACUCCAGAUCAGUGUUUUAUCAGGGCAGUUUCACCUGAAAUCUGCAAGAUGAAGCUUAACAGGCCUACAGACGGAGACCAGUCAGCAGAAUGGGAGACCUGAAUGACCCAACAGCACUUUGAACUUAACUCCUCCCCUCCCUCCUUAUUUCUUUUGUGUUUUUAUUUCUUACGUACUUCCUCGACCUUCGCUUUCUUUUAACCUGCAUGUUGUUUUUGUCUUUCACAUGUAUUUAAAAGAAGAUACUUUAAGACAAAAAAAAAAUUGAACCACUCAAGUUUUAUUUCUUCAGUACAACCUGGAAACUUUAGUUUUUUUUUGUGUCACUUCCCUAAAAUACCCUGUCUUGUUUGGUCAAUUUUUUAAAAACAUUUUUUGUAACUGUUUUGUCCCUGGAGCUUCCUGUGUGUUGGUGAAGAAUCUGUCUUCUUCUAAAGCCUUACUCCCCCGACUGGCGUUCAGGUUUCCACGUUGGCUGACUGACCUCUCUUCCUUGUCGUAUCAAGGCUCGCCUUCUUUUUUCUGCUGUUAAGGACGAUGAUGUACUUGGUGUGUGUGUGUGUGCGCGUGUGUGGGUAGGUGUGUGUGUGUGUGUGUGUGUGUGUUUGUGUUAUAUCGUUUCCAGACCUGGAACUAAUACCAUUUAAAACCCUAUUAAACACCUUCAUGUUGGAUUGAUUUAUGUUUGCUAGCACAAUAGCUCCCUCCUCAUCCCGAAACCCAAAAGGCAAUCCAGGCAGAAGCAAUCAGUCGUUAACGAAGUCUUUGAUGGGAUUUUGAAUGCUAUUUGCUCCAAGAUCUGUGUUGUAUAUUGUAUAUGAUACACACUUUUGGACUCAUAUGUAAAUUUGCAUUAAUUGCUGACUAACAGCGAAAGAAUAUUCUAUUUAAUUCCUUCUCUCUUGGCUGUGGGAUCCUAGAUGUUUAACUGCAUGGAUGUACUGUAUCUCUGCAGAGUCAACUAGCAGCUGUGUGAUUUUUACACAAAAAUAAAAACGGCACAAUAUUUUAAA